CACGACUUUAUGACUGUCCGAGAAUUGACUGGGGAAAAAGAAAGUGCUUUCUGCCCUGACAUUUGCUCGGGCUUCUGCUGGCUAGACGAUUUGUCACUCUUUCACAAAAAAACUCGACAUCUUUGGUUGAAUUGUUUUACGAUUCAAUUUUCAACACCAACAUCUCAACAUCAACACGCCCCUUUCGCCAUACCAGUGGCAGGAGACAUAUUAUAAAACGGGAGAAGGGACUCUUAGGGAAUUCAUUAUCAUCUCAGAUUCUACUUACUCUCUAUCUUUGUCCAACAUCAUACAGGGUAAGCCCAGUGUGGUUCACUGAAAGCAAUCGCCAUGAUACCAACUCGGCCGCUGCCAUGCAGCGAAGAAUUUUCGACGCCAGAGGAGUAUAUUGAGGCUCUGUUGGAGUUUGCACGGAAUACAGAUGUUUUCCAGAUUCUCUGCGGAGGUGUUCACAUUCUCGACUUUUUCACUUCGGAUCCGGGCAUCUUUCACUCGGCACUGCCAGACGAAUGGAAAGGAUUUCUAUUGUCAUAUGAUAUCAUGAAGACACUGGAUCUCUUUUUAAGAGAUGAUUUGGACGCUCUCAGCUUUGAACCGGGUCAAGAGCCACCAGAAAGUCUGAUUGAGUACGUUAAAGCACUGAGGAGAUUCUCUUUAAGGAGAGAUUUUACACCACGACAGCAGAAACUGCCGGUUCUACCAAAAUCAGUCUCUGUAGGAAUGAAGCCUAAGAAAAUUCACGAGGUUGUCAAUUUCGCAGACUACGUUGACGCCCUUUCGGAGGAUAUUUCGCAACAGACUGGCAGCGAGAUAUCCCACUUUGUGGACUUUGGUAGUGGUCAGAAUUAUCUCGGUCGGGCUCUCGCCUGCGAGCCUUAUAACCGCCACGUUGUAGCUGUGGAAGGCAGAGAUCACAAUGUCACAGCAGCCAAGGUGUACGAUCUGACAUCCAAGCUGGCGAUUCGGCCCAAGAUGAAGAGGAAUAAAAAGAUGUGGAACAAGGCAUUGGAAACUCUCAGCCCCGAGGAGCAAAAGAACCAAGAUGCAGUGCAGGCAGCUAUCAAGCAGGUGGAAGGGACUGAGGAAUUUGAGUUCCAGCCAAUGAACAUUCAUGAAGCGGAAUAUGUGGCUGAAGAAGGGAAAGGCGGUGUUCAAUACAUCUCGGGGAGACUGGAUAGUGGUGACCUCUCAGAGGUUAUAGAGGGUAUCGAGCACAGAAAGCUCAAGGAUGGAUCUGAGGAAGACCUCAAUCUCAUGGCCGUCUCUAUCCAUUCCUGCGGUAAUCUGUCUCACUACGGCAUUCGAUCUCUCAUCAUGAAUCCCGAUAUACGAGCUGUUGCGAUUGUCGGCUGCUGCUACAACCUCCUGACGGAGAAACUGGGUCCUCCGAGUUACAAACAGCCUUACCUACGACCUAGUCUUCAAGCUCUCAACGGCCGGAUUGUGCGCGAAUCUGAAAAGAGAGAUCCGCAGGGCUUCCCCAUGAGCCAGCAGUUCUCGACUUACCAGGGUGACGGUAUCCGUCUCAACAUCACGGCUCGUAUGAUGGCCUGCCAGGCGCCCCAGAACUGGACCCGAGUUGAAAGCGAGGGCUUCUUCACCAGACAUUUCUUCCGGGCUGUUCUGCAGCGAAUAUUCCUAGACCGUGGCGUGGUCACCCGCGUGUGGCACGACGACUCUGUCAAAGAAGAUCAAAACGAAGAACAAGCAAGCCCCUUCAACAUGAGCACGAACCCCGUGGUCAUCGGAUCGCUCCGCAAAAGCUGCUACGGAUCGUUCAAGGCCUACGUGCGGGGGGCCGUGGAGAAGCUGACGACGAGCACGGAGUACAAGCAGUACGCGGGCGUGAUGAACGAGAAGAUGGCGGACAUAUCCGAUGCCGAAAUCGCCAAGUACGAGGCCAUGUACGAGCCGCGAAAGAAGGAGCUGUGCGUGAUUUGGUCGCUGAUGGCCCUGAGCGCGGCGGUGGUGGAAUCGCUCAUCGUGGCAGACCGGUGGACGUUCCUAAAGGAGCACGACGACGUCGUCAAGCAUGCCUGGGUGGAGACGGUGUUUGACUAUGGCGAGAGCCCACGGAAUCUGGUGGUUGUUGGAGUCAAGAAGGAUGGUGUUUAAUCAGGGUUCUGGGACGGACCGGGCGGUUCGCUUAUGUUUUGCGGCGGAACGGGAGACGGGUCGGCUGUGAUGGCAUCAUGAACUGAUGGGGAUAUAUUGAGUGGCGUGUUUGUCUUGGUGUUUGUUAGAUUGGGAGAGUUGCAUUGCAUCUGCCGAGGGAAGCAAGAAAUACCCUCUCGGUAGUCUAUGCCGCCGGGCGCUUUUGGAAUCAGUCGUCGUUAAUCUAUCGAUUCCGAGGCAUUAAUUACUAGAGAGUUGCAAAGUUCCCCUCCACUGCUGAUUAUAU